AUGCCCAAGAGAAAGGCUGAAGGGGAUGCUAAAGAAGAUAAGGCCAAGAUAAAGGACAAACUACAGGGAAGAUCCACAAGGUUGUCUGGUAAGCCUGCUCUGCCAAAGCCACAGCUGAAGCCUAAAAAGGCCCCUACAAAGAAGGGAGAGAAAAUAUCCUAAGGGGAAAAAGGAAGAGCCAACUCUGACAAAGAGGUGAAUAACCCUGCAGAAAAUGGAGAUGCCAGAACAGAAAAGGCACAGAAAGCUGAAGGUGCUGGAGAUGCCAAGUGA